UUCCAUUGUCUUUGCCUUCAACGCCCUGGUGGCAUCAUCUUGCACUCCAUUUCUCCUUCAACUUCAUCUUAUUACCGGAUUUGCCGAGAAACCAAGAGCAGGCCUCUUCAUUCAUUUUAAUUAUCGAGUCCUUUAGCAAUAAUGUUCUCCAAGCUUGUGCUCUUUUCCUACCUCGCGUUGUUUUCGCUAGGCUUUGCCAAUGCAUAUCCAUCUGGUGAACACAGUGCCAUCGCUCGUCGCCAAGCAGCAACUUCUUCCGUUCUUGCCGUCCCCCCCUCAGUCACUACGACAAUGUCCAUUCAAACUGCAAAUGGUCCAAUGAAUGAGACUUGUGUCCUCACAUUCACCCCCGUUGGCGACCAAAUUCAGGAGGUCCAGAAUUGCACCAUGUCGACGGGCGCGGCUGUUGUAUCUAGCAUGGUUUUCAAUUCAGUCUCUACAGGCAGUGUCACGUCUACUUCAACCGGCGCUUCUAUGUCUGCAACCCCUACCGUUCAAGUUGCGUUCUCCAUGCCUGGGAGGUCACUACAAGUGUUACCGGUGGGACUUGGAGUGUUUGGAAGUAUUACGGGUAUCACCAUCAUUAUCGUAGCCUUGGUUACUCUUGAGCGCAUUCGGUAUCGCAGGGUCUUCAGGGAGCGUAGAUUGGCCGAGCAGGGUGCUAUGAUGGGUUACACAGGCAACUCGAUUGAUCACAAGGUCUAGAGUAAUGCGAAUCGACAAAUCUGUCACCCUUAGUCGUUUCGUUUCGUCGAUCGGCAGUCGUUAUUCUGCUACGUUUAUUAAAGCUAGAGCUGUCAGCGUUCUCGCUGUGCGUGUAUGUAGAUUACUACAUAUCCAGUACACUUCGUGCAUACCUUC